UUACAAAGCCAUUGACAUUUGCUGACUGUGUCGGUGAUGAGCUCCCUUUAGGAUGGGAAACUGUUUACGAUCAACAGAUUGGAGUUUAUUAUAUGGACCACAUAAAUCAGCUCACACAAAUUGAGGACCCAAGGGAGCAAUGGAGAAGGGAGCAGGAACGCAUGCUAAAAGAAUAUUUAAUAGUUGCCCAGGAGGCACUCAAUGCCAAGAAGGAGAUUUACCAAAUAAAACAGCAGCGUUUUGAACUAGCCCAAGAAGAAUAUCAACAAUUGCACAAAAUGUGUGAGGAUGACAGCCGUUCUUAUGCCAGCUCAUUCUCUGGAUUUUCAACUAAUACCAAGUAUGACCCAUAUCAGAUUAAAGCAGAAAUAGCCAGUCGUCGUGACAGACUUUCUAGGCUAAAACGGGAAUUGGCACAGAUGAAGCAGGAGCUGCAAUAUAAAGAAAAAGGAGUGGAAACUCUGCAAGAGAUUGAUCGUAAGAUGUCAAGUGCUCACACAAAUUACAGACUGGAUGAAGCACAAGCUAUAAUGAGUGAGCUUCGAACCAUAAAGAAAGCUAUAUGCACAGGUGAAAAAGAAAGGCAGGACCUUAUGCAGAGCCUGGCCAAGUUAACAGAUGGAUUCAGGAAUAGCUGCUGUAUUACAGAUUCCCUGCAGGAUCUCCAGCACAAUUCUGGUUCUCUCAGUGACUCCUGUUUACCUCAACAACACUGUGAUGCUUGUUCUCAGACUGACAUCACUGGAGAGUUUGGGUUUGAUGACAAAACAAGACUUGUAGACAAAGUUAGACUGAACUGGCAAUAUGAAGAGGCCAAGAAAAGAGUUUCAAAUAUACAACAGCAGCUGGCCUUGCUAGACAAUGAAUCUUGGCCAGGAAUGGCUGAAGCGGACAGGGACCGUCUUCAGCUCAUCAAAGAGAAGGAGGCUCUUCUUCAGGAGUUGCAGCUCAUCAGUCAACAAAGGCGAUCCCCAGAAGACAUUGCACGUUUGGAGGAAGAGAAAAGACGCUUGGAGGAUGAAAUUCAACGGGCUCGAGCAACAUCUGCUCAUGGGGCCACUGAAAGGAUACUGUUACAGGAAAAGAGAAAUUGUUUGCUUAUGCAACUAGAAGAAGCUACACGUUUAACCUCGUAUUUACACUCCCAGUUAAAAAGUCUGUCGGCUAGCACCCUCACAAUGUCGUCUGGCAGCAGCAGGGGAUCCUUGGCCUCCAGUCGAGGAUCCUUGGCCUCCAGCAGAGGCUCCCUCAGCUCAGUCAGCUUUACGGACAUCUAUGGCCUUCCGCAGUAUGACAAAUCAGACAGUGUUACAGACUACGGGCAGCAUUUACGCUUUGACAUCAUUCCUUUUGAGUCUCUCACAAAGGAUGUACCAUAUGCUGAUCCCACUGGACACUCGAAUUUCAAUAAGCAGCGGAGGUCUCUGGAUACUCCACAGUCCCUGGCAUCCCUGUCAUCACGGUCCUCCUUGUCAUCAUUGUCCCCUCCAAGCUCGCCCCUUGAUACCCCAUUUCUCUCUGCAUCUCGAGAUUCUCCCUUGGCUCAGAUGUCAGAAGGCUUUGAGGAGAUGGCAAGCAUAGGAGCCCUGGAAAUGCUCAGGCCUCAGACCGCAGCGCUAGGUGACGAUGAUACACAAGGAACAAGCUCAUCUCAGACAUCCACUUACCCUGUGGACAAUGAAGGACUGCGAGAAUUGGGACCACAGCUGGCUGCUGUCCAAACAGGUGGAGCUGUAACUCUGCGUGGUGACAGUGGUAGAAGAUUGGAGAGGAGAGCCAGGCGAGUUUCAGCAUGUCUCUCAGAUCAUUCACUGGCUAGUGACAGUGGCGUGUUUGAAGCUUUAAGCAAAAGGAACGAAGAUCUGGAAGAGCCUGUUUAUGGUGAUGCUGCCAGUAAUGAAGAACCACAAAUACAUGUUGGAUUUCUGCAUGACAGUGGAAACGAGUGUCUAUUAGUCCACGUAUUACAGCUGAAGAACUUUACUAGUCUAGUUGUUAAAGAAAACUGCAAAAUAUUACAUAAACUCUUGGAAAUGAUUAGCAAAAUGAAUAGAGGUAUCUGUCCUGCAGUGUAUGUUUCUCUUGUGGUCAGUGCUUUUUGUUGUUUACAGGGCAUUGCUCAGAUAAACCUGACUGAUGCAGAGAGUUCUGGUGAGAUGCAGCUUCACUGGUAUACCAUUCAGAUCUUCGCUGGUUCAGACCCCCAAAAAGCAAAGAACAAAAACCAGUGUGAAGAAAGUAUUCCCCGGUCUUCUGGAAAUGUAACUAUAGUUAAAACAGAUGCAGUGACAGCCCUGUUAGCUAGGACCACCGCCCAGCUGGAAGCAGUUGAGAGAGAGCUGGCAGAAGAGAGAGUGAAACUGGAGUACACAGAGGAGGAAAUCCUGGAGAUGGAAAGAAAGGAAGAUCAGGCAGAAGCCAUAUCAGAAAGGAGUUGGCAAGCAGAAUCUGUUGACAGUGGAUGCAGUAAUUGCACACAGACUAGUCCUCCUUAUCCAGAGCCAUUUUGCGGGGAUUCAUUAGCUGGACACAUGUUUGCAACUCAAGCAGGCCAGUACAGUUCUGGAAAAAUGCAGCCUCCGCCACUAAAGGUGGAUAAGGAAACUAACACUGAGGAUCUGUUUCCUGAAGAAGUUGCUACUCUUCCAAAAGAGAGAACUAGCCGCAGGCCACGGGGUUCUGCUUUUGUUCGCAGUAGCACUAUUGUUCGUUCCCAGACCUUCUCUCCUGGAGCACGAAGUCAAUAUGUUUGCAGACUGUAUCGGAGUGACAGUGACAGUUCAACUCUGCCAAGGAAGUCCCCUUUUGUCCGGAAUACAUUGGAGAGGCGUACUCUACGGUAUAAGCAGUCCUGCAGAUCAUCUUUGGCUGAGCUAAUGGCAAGGACAUCCUUAGACCUGGAGCUGGAUCUCCAGGCAUCCAGAACUAGACAAAGACAGCUGAACGAGGAGAUAUGUGUUUUAAGAGAGCUGAGACAGCGUCUGGAAGAUGCCAAACUCAGAGGACAGACAGAUCUACCCCACUGGGUCCUUCGGGAUGAGCGAUUCCGAAACUUGUUGAAGGAAGCAGAAAGGCAGACCAGACAGACCAAAUUUGAACAUCACCAAGAGCAAGCAGCUGAAAAGAUGCUAAAGAAAGCGUCAAAAGAAAUAUACCAGUUGCGUGGGCAAAAUCAGAAGGAGCCUAUUCAGGUGCAGACUUUCAGAGAGAAGAUAGCUUUUUUCACAAGACCAAGGAUUAACAUACCUCCUCUGCCAGCUGAUGAUGUAUGACAUGUUGCUUUGUAAACAUGAAGUAUUUAUCGCUUUUAUUUUAAUGAAGUUAUUAGAUUAGCCAUUUCUUUAAAAAAAUUGUGCAAAAGCUAAUAUACACGUUUUGUAAAAAAUAAAAAAAGUAAAAAAAGUAAAAGUAAACAAAAACAUAUAUAUAAAUAUAUAUACAUAUAUAUUUUAUAAUAGCGACUGCAACAAGGCUUGGUUUUUCCUUGUUGUGAAACUGACAUCUCUGAAGACAACUUAUUUUAUAAAAGAUCGACUAUCCUGUUAAGAGCGUGUACAGUUUUUAUGCUGUUUUAUUUGACUUAAAGGCUGGAAGACAGAAACAAAGUGAGUUCAGGCAAAUUCACUGUAGUGUAAUUUAUUUAUAGUGCCUUUUUUCCUUGAAGGAAAAUACCUACUUUAAGAUGUAUUUUAAGACUGAAAUUUUGUUCUUCAGUAUUUGUCAUACAGUAGAAUGGAACUAUUGAGCUGGUUUUGUUUCUGAUACCUGAAAUGAAAAUACUGUGUUCUAAAAUUGUCACUUUUUUCAGCUUUAUUAUCUGUAGCUUAUUAUGUACAUUGUAUCCUUUAGCACUGUCUGUGUUAUAGCAAAAUAUUAUCACCUGCAAUGUGUUUAACACUGAUUAGAAGUGAUGUUAAACAUUGCAGAAUUCAUUUGCAUGUUCUUACUGUGCACUAAUAGAUUGUUUUCAUUUCGGUUGUGUCUAAAGUAUCUUUAUAUUCUUAACUAGAUUCUCAGUUUAAACGGAGGAAGGAAAAGGGUGACAGGUCUUUGUUUUGUUGUUUAAAAAAAAAAAGGAGUUAAAAGAGUAAUGUGAGCUAGCUGUGUGGAAAGACUGCUAAAGGAAUGUUACAUUAAUUCCUACAGUUUCAAAGAUUCUGAUCUGAUUCAGGAAAGUACAUAUGUGCUGAUUUUGGAGAGCAGCUGCAUUAAGUAAGGGUGCUUAAACACAAGUUCAUCCUAAAGGAUGUGUUUUGAGGUUACUGCAUGCAAGUUCUGUUGAAGAGUGACACUUUUCAGGAGGAGGGUGUAUAAUUCUGGAAGGUACAGCUCACUUGAUUGCUAGUUGGACCAGCUAAAAUCCGAAAAGAAAUAAUUUUACUUGUGACCAUUUGUUUUAAUGAAAGACUGUCACCCUAAAUUCCCGAGAAUGCCAGUUUUGUGUCCUUGCAUCCUGCAAGUAUGUAAAAAUACUUCUUUACUAAGCUACUAUAAUAGAGUUUCUCAUAUUUUUUCUAAUUAUACAUUACCUACAAAGAGAGGUGCCCAACACAAGACUGACUUUGCAAAUUGCUGAAAUCUCCUAGAAGGAAGAUCAUGUUGUCUCUUAAUUUAAAGGACAAAUUGGUUCCAGAUUUUUGUAUGCCAGGAAAUGAAAACGAACAGUAGCCAAAAACUAAAGGGACUUAACAGAACCAAUCCAAAUAUUUUCAAAUAUUUUUUAAAUUAAGUGUUCUCUGUGAGUUUCAAGAACUUAUACUCUGUUGUUACCUUGUCAAGGGUCAGGAAAACCUGAAAGUGAAACUGAAUUACUUGUCCAAGCUGAGGCAAAAAAGUAAAGAGGGAAAAAGAUUGUGAACCUAAAUCAUCAAUCAGUGAGAGUAAUUAAUGCAGACAUUUAAUUUUAAGGUAGUGUUCCCUGUUUCCUAGUAUGGCCUAUAAUCAUUACAGGCAUCAAGUGAUUAGAUCAAGUAGGAAUAUAUGUGAAAUUGGAGUAUAGUAUUUAUCAUGCUAACCAGCCUGAAGUCUGUUUUUGCCAGCAAGCUUCAGUGGGUAUAUAUUGGGUUCCUUGGGCACAACUAGACGUAUUCAGAAACUAUGCAGAUAAAAACCAAAUCAUGUAAGAAAUUUUCAGUGUUUGGGCAAAAAAAAAAUCUAGGGACAGCAAGGUUUUCAGUGCUCAUUACUUGAAAAGACCAGUUAGUCGGAAUUUUGUGUCUAGUUUUCAGCGGAGGCCCUUACGUAGUAGUGUUGAUCAAAUGUUACCGUGCAGUGACACUAGAACUAGUUGCUGUAAACUAAGAACAGACAUCACUGGAGCAUCCUGAUUUCAGUAGGACCCGCUCUGAACAGGGGUUGGGGUAGGGACUUCCCUUCCACCCUAAAUGAAUCUGUGACUGUAUAACGAAGGGGCAAUGUCUGGUGGCCUUUUUGUCAGUUGGUGUUUUUAAACAGUGACCGUUGUGAGAUGUCAUCAGCGUAUCUUGUGGGUCCGAGAUUCUGACUGCUGUUAAUGAGUUCUGUCUUGAUGUGGUAAUGAGUUAUCAUAUUCAGUAUUCAUCUCUCUUGUUUUUGUCACAGUUCUGUAUGAUUGUGUCGUUUUUGUAUUAUUUGAAAGUAUUUCUUCUACAAAAUAAAAUAAUUUGCAAUAAACAGCAA